AUGCCACUGGUGCUAUUUACCGGUUUUCCUGGUAGUGGAAAAACUACAUAUGCGUUAAAAUUGAAACAGCUGCUGGAGGCUAAAAUUGAAGCCGAAUCCACGCUUGCUGACUACACUGUUAAAUACCAUUCUGAUGAAACACUGGGUUUACGACAUGCAGAUUAUACUACCUCUCAUGGGGAGAAAAGUGCAAGAUCAAAAAUCAUGUCCGUAGUGAAGCGGGACCUGUCGCGAACAUGUGUUGUUAUAGUGGAUUCUCUGAAUUAUAUAAAAGGUUUUCGAUACCAACUGCAUUGUGAAGUAAAAAAUAGCCGGACAACAUAUUGUUUGGUACACUGUCUUGCACCAAAGGAUCAAUUGUUUAACUGGAAUUCAAACCGGAAUAAGGAAGAUUCUUGGGAAACGGGACUUCUUAACCAACUAGUCCAGAGAUAUGAGGAGCCAAAUCCUUCGGCGCGAUGGGACUCGCCGUUAUUCUCUAUAUUAGCGGGAGUCGAUAAGUUAGAGGGUAACAUAGAGCAAGAAAUAUACCAUGUAUUGUUUCCAAUGCUAUUUAAAGAUGAUUCAAAUCGCGAGGUCGAGAAACUGCUACAAAGCUUAAAACCUAGUGGUGCGACAAUGAUGAAACCAGCCGCCCAGAUGAACCAAGUUCAAGUUUUAGAUGGCGAAACGCAAAAAGUUGUACGUCGAAUUAUGGACUAUAUAAAGUCCAAUGUUGUAUCGGGACUCAUUCGGGUAAUUGUCUCUGAUGAGAAUGAUAUCAACGACCCUGCAUGCUGUUUUGUCGAAUUAUCAAGCGAUCGUAUUAGCAUGGCACAUCUCCAAAGAAUAAGAAGACAAUUUGUACAACUUAACAGGUUAAGAGGCAUAGAAAAUGAUAGGAUUGUGCCUCUUUUUACAGAAUACCUCAAUAAAAAUCUUAAUAUGGAUAAUAUGUAA